CAGCACCAAAAUCGUCCUAAAUAUUUUAGAAACCCUACUAAAGGUUAUGUCGUCUGCAUCAUAGAAGAGAAGUUCAGUUUCUCAAAAGAGAGCCGUGGGUGGAUAUUUUGAUUUUCAGAAGAAACUCAAGAAGGUGCAGCUGACAAACCCAAAAUCAUGGCUUUUAUGGUUAACUCUUCUGAUCAGAAUGAAAGAACAAGCAAAGAAGCGCCUAAGCUAUGUGCAUUGUCAUUGGAUUCAGUGAGGAGCAAAGUGCAAGCUUUAACAUUGAAUGAUAAGGAAGGGAUACCUGAAAAGGUACGAGAAGUUGUUGGAGCUAAGAGUAGUGUACCUAUUCAGUAUAGGGAAAAGAUGAUGAAACGUGCAAGACAAGAAGGGGAAAUUUCCGCUCGUGUACCACUUAAGAAGGCGGAGGAGUCGAGAAACAGGUUGGUUGGUUUGUUGGAAGAUUUCUACAAUGAGGUUAGAAGUUUACCUUUGAAUAAAGGUCCUUCAAGCUUCAGUAAUUCGAAUAGGGGAGCGAAAAAACAGUCUAAGCGUUGGGAAAUAAUCGGAUGAGUCUCCCCCUCCCUCCGGAGUUAUUGAUGUAAUCAGUGCCUCACUUUUGGCUUCUAAUAUUUUCAUGCUUAGGCGGCUUUGUGUCUAAGACGUAGUUUUAUUAAUACUAGUUAAAAGGCUUUUUCUCUGAAGUAUAUCAAUGCAAUACUUCAUUUAAUCAAGUAAUAUUUGGUUUAAAGAUGGCAAAAGAAACAACGUAUAGAAAGAACUACCAGAUUUUGAUUUC